GAUGCGCGGUGACGACUCCCGACUGCCGUGUGCCCGCCCGCCCUGCCAACUUCUGUCAUGGCGUAGCCUUUCUCCCGCCCAUCGCCGGGCAUGCAAGGGCCACAAGCGGGACAUCAUCAUUUCCCUCGGUGCUGCACGACUGACUGAGGAAUCAUGGUGAGCAAGGAGGACGGCAGAUGCAUGCUCACCAACUCUGAGUCCGACUCGGAGGCGGCGGUGGCACCCUCGCACUCGGCCUCGCUGGCGCUGCAAGUCAAGUAUUCUCUGGACGCCAGUCGGCAAGUGAGAAAGCGGAACAAGGCCCUGCAAGUGCGUUUCAAGGAUAUCUGCGAGGCGCAAAACGAGCGGAGGGAGGCGGAGCUGGCCAAGGACGGGAAUGCUCUCUCUUACAAGGCGGCGUACCGCAAGUACAUGACCGUGCCGGCCCGCCGAUCCAUCCCCAAUGUCACGCGCAGCACCGGGGUCCAGACAUCCCCUGACCUGAAGAAGCGCUACCAGACAUUCCCCUUCGAACGAAAGAAAGGACACACAUUCAAGCACGCGGCGGCCGUGGAAACGUACAGUGGUGGGAAUAACGGCUUUGUCGUGGAGGUGAAGCCAGUGGCGCAGCGGUGUUCUGACGACGAGGCAGAGGAGGGGGGAGCCCGCGGUGGGAGUCGAGUUUGGCGGACCAAAGCGCUGCUCCAUACUAAUGAGCGCGCAGCCACUGUGGAACAGCGAACCGCACCUGAUGGCCCCUGCGAGGACGCACUGCUGCCGGGCUGCGCGGCCAACUCGGACAACAAGCUUUGCGGUGUAACUUCGAAAGCCGGCGCGGGAUUACCACACAGGGACAGGCAGCGGCUCGAUCUGGAGGAGGGGCUGCCCCGAUCGCGAACGCUGCCGGACAGGCCCUCUAAGGUGACGGGGCCCAUUGCGUGGAACUCCCUCACGCAAGUGGAGUGUCUGGAUAGUCUGUCGGCGCGGCACAAGCGCAAGAAAAGCCUGCAGUUCAACGGGCUGGAGAGAGAGACGUUGCCGCGUGCCGGUCAAGGCUGCGGCACGCGGGCGCAGUGCCACGCCGUGGUCAACCCCCAGGGGGCUUCAGACCAGGAGGCCUGCAAGCAAAUAGUGCCUAUGAAUCAGGACGGGGAUGUUAAAGCACAGCUUCAAGCCAUGGAGAACCUCAUCAGCUCCAGCCAGGAAACCAUCAAGGUGCUGCUGGGGGUGAUCCAGGAACUGGAGAAAGGGGAGGCCCACAGAGAGGGGCUCUCCUAUCGUACCGGACAGGACAUGGCCAACUGCGACACGUGCCGGAACAGCGCUUGCAUUAUUUACAGUGUGGAGCUGGACUUCAAGCAGCAGGAGGACAAACUGCAGCCCCUCAUGAAGAGGCUCUGCCCCUCGGGCGACACCCACUUCCCCGCCCUGCCGUACCCCCACGAGGCCUUCACGUCCACGCCCAAGCGCAAGUCCAAAGCAGAGUCCAAGAAACACGCCCGAUGGAGACUUUGGUUCAUGUGAACGCAUGGGGGUCGGGGGGUGUGGGGUCUGAAACGUCAUGCUUUCCAAACUCGGGAGCUUCCGUCUGGAGUUAUUUUGGAAGCAAUUAUCUUCAAAGUGGGUGCAAAAUCGCACCUGAAAGGCGUUUGGUGGUUGGGUGUGGGGGUCGGGGGGUGGGGGUGGUGGGGAGACGACACUUUUCGGCAGAACGUGAUUAUCGGCUACUUCUGAAGCUGCCGUCUGGGGACUUUUCCAACUGGGAUCGUGGUCGGUCAUGUCAGGGCUACAUGAACUUGGCUCUCACCAUACAGCAAAGCACAACGAAAACACUUCAGGAUCCACUUUUUGCGGAGUACCGAGACUAUUUUCGCACGUGAAAACUGUUCAUACCGUCGAAAAGAAGAAACCUACCAUCGAUUUUAUCCACAUUUAAAAUGUCACCUUGACUUCUUGACUGGCUUUGAAGGAAAAAGAAUAUUGAUAAAUGACACUUAUUUUCUUAACGGAGUUUUUGGACAUCAAAGGACAUUUUCGUCUAUUGCUGUAUUUAACAAAAAAAUGUUUUACCUGAAUAUAUUUAUGAAGCGGUGGGAAAUAAGUUCACAUUUAUUGCAAAUAAAGCCACCGUCAUCUUUUACA